UCUGCAUCAGCAUCGUGAACCAGGACACCAACCCCACACACACACAUACCCUUACUGCAGGAUGGACAACGCCACUUACAGCUACUCGUCCGACUGCACCCCGCUGACCAGCUGCAAGUCUGCUCGCAAACCAGCUGGCUCCACGGUGGUGAACAUGGGCCAUGGUCCAAAGAGGGCUCCUAAGGACUACCUGCUCUGGUCUCUGUGCAACACCCUCUAUGUCAACUUCUGCUGCCUGGGCUUCAUGGCUCUCCUCUACUCCAUCAAGGCCCGAGACCAGAAGACCCUGGGAGACUUGCGGGCCGCACAGGAGUGCUCGGACAAGGCCAAGUGGUACAACAUCCUGGCCUCGGGCUGGAACCUGCUGGUGCCUCUGCUGCUGCUGGGCCUGGUGGUCCUGCUGCUGGUGCACCUGGGGACCACGGAGGGAUCCUUUGACUUCUUUGGGGAGGAGGGCUUCCAGACCUUCAUGAACCUCUUCGGCAGGUAGACAGACAAACGGUAGCGCUCAUGAACCAACCAAGCCUCCUCCUGAAAAUGGACACCUGCCCCCACUCCCCCACCCAACAUCUACCUUUCUUUGAACUCCUUGUCCUUGAUUUCCUAAGUAACUUGAGUAUGUCUUGAUGUAUUACUGUACUAUUAUUUUUAAUUAUGAUUACUAUUAGCCAUUGGUAGAGCCUGAUGAUUUUCUUCACUCUCCUUUUGUGAAAAAAAUGUGAUAUAUGUGAAAUAAAAUAUUUAAUUACAGUAUGUGACAGUGAUAUAGUUUGCCUUUGCUUCAGUAUUCAGUCCUCAUUGGGCAAA